AAGGUGCGCCGUCCAGUCCAACCCGAUCGUUCCAUUUCAUUUCAAACCGGUGAGCGGGCGGGUGUGGACUCUGCCGUCGACUGUGUGACAAAGGAAGAUUUGGGAGUUGCUGAUCCAAAGGCCUGGCUCAGGAGUGAUCCUGAGCCACCUGUACCAUCAAGAUUAAGAUCAAGACCAUCAAUCGUAAACAAAGUUAAGUGAGGGUUUACUCAUUAGCGAAAUAUUACAUGAUAAAUACUGUUAGAUGUAGGAAGUGUAUCCUUGUUUAUCUUUUAUCACUGAAGUAGAGGCAGAAGUUUUACCAUACAUUGAGGAUCAUGGCCGGCUUCAGUGGAGUGUUGAAACUCACCGAUCUUGAUGAUUUCAUCGCACCGUCACAGGAAUGCAUCAAGCCUGUAAAAGUUGAGCAGAGGUCUGGUCGAGGUGUUAUACGAAUAGAGAAUGAUGGAGCAGAUGCUGCCAUGGCAAUGCAACCAAAGUAUGAAAAGGCCAAGAUAACCCUCAAUGACUGCCUGGCGUGCAGUGGCUGCAUCACGUCAGCCGAGGUGGUCCUAGUCAAUCAGCAGAGCCAUGAUGAGUUCUAUAGAAUUCUCGCCGAAAAUAACAGUAGAGAAAUAUCAGAGAAGAUGACCAUAAUAGUGUCCUUGUCACCACAAGCUAUCCUCUCCAUUGCUGCCAAAUAUUCUUUAGGAGCUGAUGAAUGUGCACAAAAGUUAGCAAGUUAUUUCAAGAGAUUAGGAGCCCACUACAUCUUUGAUACAAACUUUGCUCGCAGUCUAAGCUUACUUGAAGCUGAGAGGGAAUUCCUGAAAAGAUAUAAGGAAAAGGAUUCAAGACCUAAAACUCUACCUAUGCUUGCUUCUGCUUGUCCAGGAUGGGUUUGUUAUGCUGAGAAGACGCAUGGUUCCUUCAUUCUGCCUUACAUCAGCACUGUUAGGAGUCCUCAGCAGGUGAUGGGAAGUCUUGUCAAGGACCUUUGGGCUACACAGAAAGGAUUAACCCCUGAUAAGAUAUACCACGUAACAGUAAUGCCGUGCUUUGACAAGAAGUUAGAGGCUGCUCGAGAGGACUUCUAUAAUGAAGCCUUCUCAGCUCGUGAAGUGGACUGUGUCAUAACCUCAGUGGAGGUUGAGCAGAUGCUUGUCCGAGAUCAGGUGGAAUUGGUAACCUUGGCUCCCUGUCCCCUUGAUGGUGACCUGAGCUCCGGCCCACAGCUCACCUCCCAUCCUGGGUCGUCAUCAGGUGGAUAUGCUCACAGCAUAUUUAUUAAAGCUGCCAAGGAACUUUUCAACCAAGAAAUUGAUGACCUACAGUGGAAAAUAUUGAGAAAUAAUGAUUUUCGUGAAGUAAUCCUUGAGGUGAAUGGUGAAACAGUAUUGUGCUUUGCUCUUGCUUAUGGCUUCCGUAAUAUUCAGAACUUGGUGCAGAAGCUCAAGAGAGGGAAGAGCCCUUACCAUUACAUUGAAGUAAUGGCCUGUCCCUCAGGGUGCUUGAAUGGCGGAGCACAAGUUCGUGCAGAGAGUGGAACCUCUUCCAAGGAGUUGGUGGCCAAGCUUGAGGAGGUGUAUCAGAGUCUUCCUGCAUCAAGGCCACAUGAUGAUCAGCGUGUACUGUCCUGUUACUCGGAGUGGCUUGGCAGCCAUGACUCGGAGAAGGCUCAUCAAGUAUUGCAUGCUAAGUAUAAAGCUGUGGAGAAGAAUGUGAAUGCUCUAGGAAUUAAAUGGUAGUUAUAGGUAUGCUUGUGUGUAUGUGUGUGCAUAUAAAAAUAGAUAAGUUUGUUGUAAUAACUGAAAAGGAAAACAUAACAGCAAAAGUUGGUAGUCAUCAUUGAAAACAGAUUUUAUCAAAAGGAAGCUGUGUCAGUAUGUGCUCCACUGUGGAGUUUGAUAAAUUAAGAAUUUUACUUGAUAGAAUUAGGUGAAAAAUACAACUCGGGUAGAUUAUGUAGAAGGUGGGAAGUUUUGAUGAUUGACAGUUGUGGGUAGGAAUCAGUCUCUAGUGUUGAUUUGAAAUGAGUAAUAAAAAAAAAAAAAACUUGGAAUAAUAAAAGUAGAAAGAAUGGUAGGAUAAAAUUAAAGGAGUACAUGUGUGAAAGUGGUGCUAGUGGAGAGGUACUUGUGUGCAAAGAUGUUGGGGGAUGUUUGUAGGUAUGAUUAAGAGUGAGUGUCUUUGUGGGAUCUCAUCUUAGUCACCCUCCUUUUGCAGGGAUAUUGACCUGGUAUAUGGGUAGAGGAAUAGGAAAACAGUAAUUGUGGUCUUAGGGAAAAAAAGAUAGACAUGAAAUUGCCAAUGUUACCCAAGAGCAGUGGUUCUCAACUGGGGGGGCACGCCUACCUUUGGGGUAUGGACACUCUCCUGGGGGGUGCAAGCACAGGACGGGAGGGGAAAAAAUCACAAAAAAAUCAUGGACUCACAGGCUAUUAAUACAAAGGAAAUGUAGCAAGGGCUGUCUAUCUAUCUAUCCAUCUAUCUAUUUAUUUAUCUUUCUAUGGUGGCAUAGUUGGAGAUGGGGUUGAGUGGGUGAUGCAGGGAGGAGGGGGGCCCCCAACUGCAUUGAACCAGCUUUUGGGGGACUCAUCUUGCAAAAGGUUGAGAAUCCCUGGCCUAGAACAGUCCCAUGUCCAGAGAUAGAUUAAGUAUGGAUGAUAUUUGUUUAGUUCAGUGGUUGUCAAACUCAGAAUCACAAGAUAUCUUUAUCCUAUCAUUUUUCAAAGGGUCAUACUUCUACAAUUUAUUUCAGUCUUAUAUAUCUAGUCAUUUCACUCACCCAUUCUGUUCAGGUGGCCAACCAUCUUAUUGUGCUGCAUUUCACCACUUCCACCACACUACAACUCAUUCCUUCUUUCAAUCCCAAAUCUUUAUACACUUUCCUUACCUUCAUCAUCCACUCUGACCAUACCACAGGCUUCUCUCAAGCAACACUUUCACUUCUUGAAUCCUGGACAUUUGCUGUUUACUUCAUACCCAAGUGUCAUGUAUGUGUGUUGCUAUCCAGACUGCUAUGCCAUCUUGAAGUGUCUUAUUUUACUUUGUUUUGUGUUCUUUCUUUCAUAAUAAGGAUCACACUACUUUUUUCCCUUGUCUUGUUCCUCUCUCUCGUCCCUUUCAUGCUUUUGCACCUGCACGGGAUAGAGCCAAGAUCAUUCAAUUCAUCUACUCCUUCCGUCUGGGAUCAUUAUAUGGCAUAUUUAUAUGGAUAAUGGCCCUGUUACUGAAAUGUUUUGUCAUGGUUGGGUUGGUAAAGUUACAAGACAGCUGUGUAAAUAUCUUUUGAGCAAAACAAAUGUGUAAAUAUGUAUGCAUUAUGCUCUAAAUAAACUUUUAGCACAUGGAGUUAUAA